GGCAAAAUUAUUUUAUGGGGGAGGAAUGAACUAAUUGUCCAGCUAUAUAUAAUAUAAGUGAAUCCCUCUCGAAUCAUUGCUGCGAUCCUAUCACGUCAACCUAUUUCCUCUAUCUAAUUUCAGUUGGUGAAGAAGUAGCAAUGAGUAAAGAAGAGGCUUCAAAGAAACACUCACAACCUCAAUUGGUGAAGUUGAACAACGCGUUCAGAUUGGCUGAACUAUGGGUUAAUAACAUGAGUAAAUCCUCAGUGGAUGGAAAAUCAACAGCAAUAGAGUUGGAGGGUCGACCUGCUAGGCUUGGAAUUGGUGCUACAGUUCCCCGGGGAACCAGAGUUGCAAAUUCAAGUGAUCCCGUCGAAAGAAAAUUGCUUGCCAAGUUGGAUGCUGAGAAAAGGAAAGACGUGAGGAGAGCUGAAGAAUUUGCGCCAUCUUUGAAAGAUAGAAAUGUUGACGAAGAUAGUGAAGACGAGUUGGAAAGUAAAACAAAAGCUUUUUCCAAGAAGAGACCACUAAACACGACUUCAUCUCUACAACAGAAAAAGAAGCAUAAAUAGUUAGGCAUACUGAGCGAGGAAAUACAACAGGGGUUUAAUGUUUUCCUUGCAGGAUUCUCAUUUGCACCUAAUAUUUACUCACGGUGAAUGCAGUUUCUCCACCUUCCACUUAGGGCAGUCAAGUGAUCUUAGCAGUUCAAAGUACGUGUCAAAAGAUGGCUCUGGAGAAUGCUUUGAACUUAUAGCACGCUCUGUUAAGCUAUUUGACUACAAAGAACUUAACAAUUCUGUUGCUUUCUCUUGUUUCAAGAUGGUUUUGGUUUUGGCUGUGUAAUCUUACUUCAUUGUAAAAAGGCCGAAAUCUAUGCCUUACUUUGACGACUGUAAAGUGCUACUUGGAUACAAAUUACAGAAUAAAUGUUGUACAUUAUACAAAAAUAUGAAAUGUUAUUUUCUUCA